GCGAUCGCCAACGUAAACCUGAGAACCGCUCGCAGUACUAGCAGCCAUUCUUUGAGAUGGUGAGGAUUGUGCAAAAGCGGCGGGAUGCAUCUAAAGACAUUUCUGUUGGAAUAAUUUCGUGAUGAUUCCACUAAGAAAAUUUUCUCGCGCUUACCUUGUCCCUUCCUACAAUACCUCUUCUAUGUCUCUGUAGACCCACAAUUACUUGGAUAUCCCCCUUUCGGUCCUCUACGUGGAGUGAUAAUGCCAGGAGCUGCCAGACCAUUAGGAACUGCGGAUCCAGCUACUAAAACACGUUGCCACAUCCUCUACGUGGAUGCGUAUGACUCGUUCUCAAACAGCAUCGUCGGCCUGCUCGAACAAAGCCUAGGUGCGACCGUAACAACGGUUCGGAUUGACGAUACUACCGCUUACGACAACUUCACAACAAUCCUCAAAGCCUUCGAUGCCGUCGUCGUAGGACCUGGGCCCGGACAUCCCGCGAAGGCAAGCGAUGUUGGCCUCAUCAACCAGCUGUGGAACCUCGGAUCAGACGACCUUCUCCCGGUCUUUGGAAUAUGCCUUGGAUUCCAGUCACUAUGUUUGGCACACGGGGCCAGCAUACAAAGAUUGAGGCAAGCAAGACAUGGCAUCAUAUCGAGUAUCUCUCACAAUCGGACCGACAUCUUCCGGAACAUCACAAACCUAAGCGCCACCCAGUAUCACUCUCUACAUGCUGUUUUAGGAGAACACAGCAGCGAUUCAGAACAAUUGCAAUGGCAAACUAACGACCAGUGUCCCGACAUCCAGCCUCUAGCCUGGGAUAUCGAAGAUGAGACAAAUGGGACCAUUUUGAUGGCUGCAAGACAUGUUUCAAAGCCAUUCUGGGGUGUUCAAUUUCACCCUGAGUCUAUUUGCACCUCGGAAGAGGGCAUUGAAUUGUUGCGACGCUGGUGGGUGCAAGCUGAAGAGUGGAUUGCCUCUCGAUCCCGGAUUGUAGCCCACGAUCGUACUACUGCACUGAACUAUAUAUCCCCUGCAGCUAUCACCGUGACGGCAAGGGACAAGAUCAAACACAAGAUGCAGGAUCAACACCACUCUGCAGCUUUGAGUCUGGCCAAGGCGAUACAAUUAAGCACAGGGAGUCAGACCCCGACUUUACAAUGGGCAGCGCACUUAACGAAUCGCUUCAGUCCGGUCAUACUCGCAGAGUCACUUGGUCUUGACCGAGAAGAAGUCAUACUGCUCGACUCACAAAAUCAUAGCAUGGGUCGAUUCAGUAUGCUGGGAGUCGUAGUGCCCGGAGAGACGGUGAAGAUCACAUACAGAUCCUGGGAUCGCACCUUACGCUACGGCACCGGCUCUGAGAAUGAACAAGUAGUUCAGCUUCGUUCUAUCGAUCAGACGUGGCCAAUCUUCCAAGAGGCUCUCGAUCUACACGAUCCAAAAGUACAACGACAACACCGCGCCUUCAACUCGACGAACGAAGAUUUCCCCUAUGAGAGCCCUUUCUGGGGUGGUCUCAUGGGCUACAUCUCGUACGAGGCUGGAUUGGAAACAAUAGGUGUUGAGCCCCACGAGUCGGUAGCUGAGAACUCGAUUCCAGACAUCAGCUUCGCUUUCAUACAUAGGAGCGUUGUUAUAGACCACACCACGGGUAAGACAUAUAUUCAGUCUCUGCUACCAAAUGACUCGGCAUGGAUCGCACAUGUUGGGCAGACACUCAAGAAUCUGACUCAGGAGCAAAAGCUCGGGUCUGAAUCUCGGACGGCGACAGCCGACAUCGCAGUCUCGAGAGAGCUCCGCGAAGGGCUCGAAAUGGAAAAGAGACUCAGCCUUUCGCAAAUCCGCACCCCGCAGGAACAAAACUACCGCAACAAGGUUCUCAGGUGUCAGGACUCACUGGCUGCUGGAGACUCCUACGAACUCUGUUUAACAGAUGAGACACUGAUCGAAGUACCGAGGAUCGACGGAAGAGGACUGAAUGCAUGGGCGCUGUACAAGAAGCUACGACGCAAAAACCCUGCACCAUAUGGCGCCUACCUCCAGCUAUCUAAUGCUACAGUAGUUGGCACAAGCCCGGAACGAUUCCUCAAGUGGGACCGCGAAGGAAAUUGUCAAUUUCGACCAAUCAAAGGCACCGUGAAGAAGUCGGCCAUGAUGACACGCGAGACAGCGCACGAGAUACUGAACUCGUCUAAAGAGCAAGCUGAGAAUUUGAUGAUCGUCGACUUGAUACGCCACGACCUGAGCGGUGUGAUAGGCGCCGAGCGCUGCAGCGUGCCCAAGCUAAUGACAGUCGAAGAGUACGAGCAUGUAUACCAGCUUGUGUCAGUUAUCGAAGGUCAGCUGCCGAAAUCGGAUCGGGAUGAAGGACCAACGGGCCUGGAUGUCUUGAAAGCCUCGCUACCACCAGGUUCCAUGACCGGCGCCCCGAAGAAGAGGUCCUGCGAGAUCCUGAGAGAUAUCGAGCAACGUCCACGCGGGAUAUACUCCGGCGUCCUGGGCUACCUAGAUGUCGGCGGCGCAGGAGAUUUCUCGGUUGUGAUUCGCACGGCGCUGCGCGAUGCGAGAGACUUUGCCUCCCGCGAAAGCACGGAGACGUGGCGCAUUGGGGCUGGUGGCGCGGUCACGAUUCAAAGCACUGAUGAGGGCGAGUUCCUCGAGAUGGAGACCAAGGUUAUGACGGCGUUGACGGCCUUUCAGUCGAAGUGA